AUGUCACACGUUUCAACAGCUCUCGUACCAAAGCAACACAUUGAAUGGGAGUGGAAAUCAAACGACAAUGUUUGGUCUUUCGAAGAAUCUGAGAAAUGGACUCCCUAUUGUGAUAUUGAUAGUGCCAUCAUCGAGGAGGCAUUUCAAGAAAAACUACCGGAAGCGAUUCUCGACGAUUAUCACAUUGUUUUCGAACAGCUUCGACAAAUAUCGAAUAACGACGAGAUGAGUCAACGACCUGUGAGACGAUCUGUCAAUAAGCGAACAACUCAAUCUGGACGCCUUCGAGAAGAGAGAUUCGUAGCCAGUGCCGUUGCUCCAGAGACGUCGUUCGGUUUGCCUAGUAACUGUCAGUUUUUGGAAGAAGCUUGUCAACAGAACUUGGGUCUCAGUUACGACGAAGCAGGUGAUCCAGCUCUUCUUUCAGCUAUUGUCGAGAAAGCAGCUGAAGGUAUUGUUAUAGAAGGAAAGAAAGCGAGCAAACAGAAGCGUGCCGAGUGGAUGGCCCAAAAGCUGCUCAGCGUCAAGAAGGGAACACGGAAGGAAGUCGCUGAGUGCUGUGCCGAACUCUAUAGUCACGACUCGUUUCUCUACAGAAAACUAAACGAAUCAAUGCGACUCCAGACCGACAAAUUGAACACACAACACCAAAAAUUGUGGAGAAUGAAAGCACGUACUCUUGGACUCUUUGCUUUCCUUCUAGAAAUGCUACCGAAUCCGCUUACUGACAAAAAGAUGACUGUCUAUCGUGGAGCCGACUUCUCUGAAAGUUUAAUCGAUCAAUAUCGUCAAUCAGCUGGUGACUGGAGCAAGGGUCUCUGCUUUCUAGCUUUUUCAUCUACGAGUAGAAGUCGAGAUAAGGCAGAAUUCUCCGCUGGCAAUAUCCUUUUUAUUCUUGAUAUAAAUGAGGAUGAAGGUCGUGAUGUGGCACCUUAUUCAACUUUCGACGAAGAAGAAACACUUCUAAUACCCCCUUUCUUUUUCUCCAUUCAAUCAUGUCAAUUCGACAAAAUCAUCAACAAGUGGAUCAUCCAUCUUCGAUCUCACAGAAGUUAUUGA